AUGGUGAACUACUAUGAGGUGCUGGGUGUGCCCCGUCAGGCCUCGUCUGAAGCAAUCAAGAAGGCGUACCGCAAGCUGGCGCUUAAGUGGCACCCCGACAAAAACCCUGAGAAUAAGGAGGAAGCGGAGCAGAGAUUCAAACAAGUGGCCGAGGCCUACGAAGUGUUGUCGGACACCAAGAAACGCGACAUCUAUGACCGCUACGGCAAGGUGGGCGUGGAUGGUGGCAGCGGCGCCAGCGGCAGGCCCUUCGAGGACCCCUUUGAGUUCACCUUCACCUUCCGCGACCCGGCUGAUGUCUUCAAGGAGUUCUUUGGUGGCCGGGACCCAUUUUCCUUUGACUUCUUCGGAGACCCGCUUGAGAACAUCUUGGGCGGUCAGAGGAGCUCCCGAGGAAGCAGAAUCAGAGGGUCUGCACCCUUUUUCUCCACCUUCACUGAAUUUCCAGCCUUUGGGGGUAGUUUUUCUUUGGAUACAGGAUUUACUUCCUUUGGUUCCCUGGGAAAUGAGGGCCGUUCUUCCUUCUCCAUGUCAGGUGGUGGUGGUGGGACUGGCAACUUCAAGUCCAUGUCGACUUCCACAGAAAUAGUUAAUGGCAAAAAAAUAACCACCAAGAGAAUUAUUGAGAAUGGCCAAGAAAGAGUGGAAGUGGAAGAAGAUGGAGAGUUAAAGUCCGUCAAAAUAAAUGGCAAAGAGCAAUUGCUACGCAUUGAGACCAAGUAAUUCC